CGGUCUGCCGUCAUACGUCAUCCGGCUUGACACUUGUAAGCAGAGGCUGCACAACAACACGACAUUAUGUGGCAUGAUAAGAACCGCGCCCAUCACAUCACUCUCCAAUAUCAUCGCGUCUCGGCUUUUGAUGGCCACCUACCAAUAAAUGCAUUGCCGUAUCACCGCCAGCUCCACCAUCCCACUUGGUCGACUGUGCUCCCUUUUCCAACCAAGGAAAACUCCGUGUGCCGUGAUCCCACUCUCCUCCACUAGCAUGUCACACAUGCCGAACACGACCUCUCAAUCUGUAAACCUGCAUUUAUUGAGACUACAAUCAACAUCAACUCCCCGCCCAGGUCACACCACCCCAAACCAGUCAAACACCAACCAACCUCAACCAACAGGACCACCCUCGGCACAUGAAGAGGGAGGCAUAACCCAGUCAAAGUACACCACAUCCAACGCCCUCAUCCUAUGCUCUUGUCCCAUAUCUUUUAUUAUCCCAACAGUCAAACACAGGGUGUCCUCUGGGGUUCCUGCCUCCAUGGUUGCCAUGGCUCUCGUCGUCAUCCGUGGCUUCAACCUUGGUGCCCCUCGUCAUCAUUCAUCCGCCGUCCCUGUCAUUGGCGCAAUCUGCGUCUCUCAUCUGGGUAUCGUGAGUGAAUUCACAUGAUGGUGCAAUCGCCUUCCUGCUGUCUCUCGAUCUUGCUUCUCGAGAUGCGUUCCCGCUGGCGCUGGCCACCCUUGCCAGCGCGCUUCAGAUC